AUUUUCUCUUUCCUUAUGACUAAAUCUGCUCCACCCGAUUCAACUCUUCAAGCUUCAUAGUUCCAAGUGACAGCGUUAGUCGGUCGGGCUCCAAGUCGCCACGCAAACAGACAGAUAACAACGCACUCGCGAUCUGGAAAAACAGUAUGGAGGCCUACUUCAGAGGUGUCAUUUCUAUAAACGAGAUGCUGGAAUCGAUGGCGAAGGCCACCGCGGAAACAGAGGAUUGCAUCAAGAUGAUGGCGAAGCUGGGCCAGCCCGCAUUGGACGAAGCUCUGCGUUCUCGCAAAGCUUCAGAAGCCCAAAACGUUGCCAGAAAUGCCGAGGCACGUGAGAAGGGUGGCAAGCCCAAGGAUCGUCGGCGGAAUGAGCAGUCCAUCAUCGAUACAAUGAUCCCGUAUCUCAACAAGAUUGUUCAAAAUUUCCCUGCCGACCACAAACCCAAAUUCGAGGACACGCACGCCCGCAGAAUUGCCAGCGCGGACGAUCCAGCCGAUCAUUAUACCGCACCGGACAUCACUGCGUAUCGGCCAGGACUCGACUCUUCAGCUCCGUACACCUGGCGAAACAUCGGAUUUGUGGCCGAAGUCAAGGACAGUCUGUCUUUCAUCGUACGCCGGAGCAAGCACGAAGCCGAAGCUGUCGCUGACGGUCAGGCAAGUGCUCCCAUUGACGACGAGGAGAUUGGCGAACCAGUUGCGCCCCAGGACGAAGACGACAAGGACACCAGUGCCCAAAGCGAUAGUUCCGAGACUCGCAGUGACCCCACACGAUACCGACUCACCAGAGGCCAAGCAGGUCGCAAGGCCUAUGUGCAGCUGGGGAAGAGCGCGAGGAGCAUGCUCCUCGCGUCUGGUGGUUUGCACGUCUACCUCCUAUCCAUCGUUGGCAGAGCGGCGUUCAUCGUCCGAUUCGAUACUUCUGGGUGGACGGCGACUCCGCCAAUCAACUUACAAGAAGACAACACGGUCUUGCCUCGAUUCUUCCUCCGACUGUACAAUCCGCCUAACACACCAAACCUGGGUUCGGGCCGGAUGGCCGGCGACGAUUUCACAAUCACGCCUCUCACGGACCAGGAGAAGACCAGGUUGCGGGACGCAUUGGCAACGAAGGGAACAUACGCAUCGGACUUGGAAAGUGUUGACGGCGAUCUGACGAUGCGCAGCGUGUCGAUGCUCGCGGUGCACUCGAUUGACGGUCCUGACGGCAAGCGGCAGCACCGACUCGUGCGCUGUUUCACAUUCGGGAAGCAGCUGUGGCUCUCGCAUGGCCUUUUCAGCCGCGCAACGAAAGUGAUUCGGGUCAUCCUUGAGUGCGAUCUCGACAAAGACAAUCCCACUGUCUACGCGCUCAAAGACUCGUGGCGCCAAGGCUGUCGACGACCCGAGAUGCACUACUACGAUCUCAUUGACGACUUCAGGAAGAGAAAUCCUCAUGUCGUGGAAGCUCUUCGAAUUGGGUCCAUGGCCGAAUGCCAUGGCUCGAUCGACUUGUCGCUGACUUUGCCCCUGGACCUCGUCAGAGAGAAAGACGGAUACAAGUGCGAUGUCGAGUGGGAUACCGAGUCUCACAAAACGAGUUCCAUCCUCGGACACCCCGAUGAGCUCGUUGUCAUCCGUUAUCAUACGCGGACUUUGUUGACUCCCAUUGGUGUUCGGGUGGGGCGAUUCAAACGGGUCAAGGAUUUGGUCGAGGUGAUCCGGAACGGUCUAGCUCGUGAGUUGUCUUGUGUCUGCUAUGAACAUGAUCUCACUGGUAACGCAGAGGCCGCUCUCGCUCAUCUCGCAGGAGUUCGACAUCGCGAUAUCAGCAACGGCAAUCUCUUGGUCGACGAGAUCCUCAAGACCGGAUUCCUUCUCGAUUACGAUUACGCCGAAUUCACGCCGGAGGGUAUCACAGCUUACAAAGCUCUGCUUGAAAGCCGAGGUUUACCGGACGACAUCGAUUUAUACGAAGAAGUCGAGAUGAGCUUCACAGAUAUCAUUGGUACGACUCCUUUUCUGGCUCUCGAUCUCGCUUUCGGCGAACCUGUUACGCACCAAGACUAUCACGACAUCGAAUCGUUUUAUUGGCUCUUGAUCUGGACCAUCCUCCGGCACACUCCUCCAGAGUUACAUGGUCACCACCGAUACAAAUUUGCACAAUUAUUCAAUCCUGAUUCUCCGGCUGAGAAAUUUUCGUGGAUGCUCAAUUACAAGACUGUUGGACCGCCAGGCUCACCGCUUGCCAGACUUUCUCUUGCACUGGUGAUUCAAGUGAAAGAACAAAAUCGAGUCAUCGUUCCACCGGUGACGCCAAUAGAACCAACACCCGAACUUGCCUCGCGAUUGAAUCUGGUCUUUGGGAACCGCAAUCGAGUCUCGCCUACUGUCCCUGAUGUCCUGCCCCCUCAGAAAAUGCGAUGGGAUACGGUCUUGGAACUGUUCGGAUCUUCGCUCAACAUAGAAGGCUGGGACACGAUGCCAAAUGAUGGAUGGGUUGAGUACAUUCCUCCCUCCACGCCGGGGUCCACCCUACCAGACGAAGAUGACUCUGGGACUCUCACAACUCUCGGACGCGAGUCCAUCUCAAGCCCCAGGUCCGUGGGAUCAUUGUCCCGUGCGCCUGAUAUACACGCCAAGCGACGUGCGGACCCAUCCACCAGGGGCAGUAGUGGCUGCAAGCGACGCAAAGCCGCGGGUGGAGACGAGACCGUUGGUCGUGCUACUACUCGUGAUGAUAUCGACUAGCUACGUGUGAUUUCUCCGAAUUCAGUCAUUGUUCAUCGAUGAGAAUGUGGUGAAGCCCAAUCGAGACUCAAAAGCAGCUUGGCACGUGGAUCCUGAAAUACUUUGGUC